UAUUGACUGAAUCUGACAUUUGACGUUUUGGUUUUGCCGUGACUGUUCGAGUUGGUUCGAGUGAGUUUGGUAUUGGGGCAGACCAACGGCAAGAGAUAUGUUUUAUUUUAACUCAUGAGCCCCAAACAUUUAUUAUUUUACUUUUAAAAAACGUAUGGUGUGUGUGGUGUUGAAGGAUGGCGGUUGCAGAUACGGAUUUGCUGAAGGCGGAGAUCGAGCGAUUGUCUCGUGAGUUGGAUCAGGCAAGUAGCCAGAAAGUUCAAUCAGCGAAGUAUGGCUUAGAGCUAUUAGAGCAGAAGGAAACCCUUCAGCAGAAAUGCGACGAUCUGGAGAGUCUUUAUGAAAAUACGAAACAUGAACUAAUCUUCACACAAGAAGCAUUAGCUAAAUUUCAAUCUAGUCACCGAGUCACAACUAAGACUGGCAUAGAAACAGAAGAAUCACUCUUGAAUGAAUCUGCAGCUCUUGAAACUUCAUUUAACAUACAGAUUAUAGAUUUAGAGAAUGAAAUCAAACAACUCAAGCAUGAACUGGAUAGGGUCACAGAGGAGAGAGACAGGAUGGGGCAAGAGAUUUCUGAUAUAGGUAAUGAUAAGGAAGACAGGGAUAGUGAAUGUAAGAAAUUUAGAAAAGAAUUACGUGAAAUCAAAUUGAGAGAAACAUCAUUAAUAACUGAUUAUAAUGAGCUUGAAGAAGAAAACAUUACAUUGCAAACUCAAGUUUCCUUGUUGAGACAAUCUCAGGUUGACUUUGAAACAAUGAAGCAUGAAAUCCGCAGAAUGGAGGAGGAAAUUGAAAUAUUAAAUUUGCAAGUGGAGGAGCUCUCAAAUCUUAAAAAUAUAACAGAAAAACAUAUGGAGGAAGCAUUGGAAAGUCUGCAGUCUGAAAGGGAAGCUAAAUAUGCUUUAAAAAAAGAAUUAGAUCAAUAUGUUAACAGAGAAUCAUUCUAUAACAUCAGCAAUUUAGCUUAUAGCAUUAGGAUGACUGAUGAGCAAGGUUUAGGUUCUGAUGAUGAUGACGUUCCUGGCUUACAAAGACUAGAAGCCAGUAUUGCAGAUGGGACAACACCAGAAUUAGCAUCACCAGAUGGCAAGCAAGUAGAUUUGUUUUCUGAAGUACAUUUGAAUGAAUUGAGAAAAUUAGAGAAACAAUUAGAAGUAUAUGAGAAGGAGAAAGUGUCUCUAACACAAAAUCUUAGAGAUAAUCAAGUUUUGCUUGAAAAGAGUCAAGGAGAUUUACAGGUGUUUUCGUCACGUAUAGCGUUAUUCUCUGCCCAUGUAGAUUGCCUUGACAAUUUGGCUGAAAAUAUUGAUAAAAACGUUGACAAGCAACAAGAUACAAUUAAAGGCCAAUACAAUCAGUGGUCAAAACAAUUCUCUAAAGAACUUACUCAAUUGCGCAAAGACUUAAAAGAGUUUGAAAAAAUAACAAAUCCAUCAGACACCACUAUUCAACUGAGGAAUGAAGUUACCAAUUUGAAAAACAAAGUUUUGGAUGCAGAACAAAGAUGUAUGGACCUGGAAAGCGAUUUUAGCUUAUUAAAGGAAUGUUCAGGUGAAGCAGGCAGUUUUAUAGAGAAAAUUCAGAACAAUCUCCAAACAGCUACUGAGGAAUUAGCGCAACUGUAUUAUCAUGUCUGCACUGUUAAUGGCCAGACUCCAAGUCGCGUAGUCUUAGACCAUGAAAAACUCUUAACUCCAAUGACUGAGAUUGUCCCACCAAUUGGCGAAAUGUCUAAAUUGGAAGUUCUAAGGGCUCGUAUCAAGUCAGACAUUUCGUUGAACAACUUUGAUACUGAUAAUAUAGCAAAGAGUGUAAUGACGGUGGUAGAUCAAAUUAAGCAUCUUAGAACAGCAAUAGAAAGCAGUAAAUCUACUAUAGGCCAUACUCACGAUAAGUCGUAUGAAGAAAACAAUGAUGAAAUGCAAGAACAGAUCAUCAGACUUAAGAGUCUUCUGUCAACAAAACGCGAACAAGUCGCCACUCUUCGCACUGUCCUCAAGUCUAAUAAGAAUACAGCAGAGGUGGCGCUAACGAAUUUGAAGGCCAAAUAUGAAAAUGAAAAGACUAUAGUAUCAGAAACUAUGAUGAAACUGAGAAAUGAAUUGCGUCUACUUAAAGAAGAUGCUGCAACCUUUUCAAGUUUGCGUGCGAUGUUUGCUGCUCGUUGCGAAGAAUACGUUACUCAGGUAGAUGAACUGAGGCUCCAAUACAACGCAGCCGAAGAUGAAAAGAAGACUUUGAAUCAAUUAUUGCGUCUAGCUGUCCAACAGAAACUGGCGCUUACUCAAAGGAUCGAAGAUCUUGAGGUGGACAGGGAAAUGCGUAACGCUAGGCGGCACGCACGGAGUAACCGUGACAUGUUCUAGCCCAGGUCUCGAAAACCACUGGUUUUGGUUAUGGCCUUAAUUACCACCUUAUUUAAAUUGUAAGUAAUUGAAGAGAAGUAAUCCCAACCAGUUGAAUAAAGUAAUGCACUAAAAGUAUAUUAUAUAUAUUAUCAAAUAAUAGUAUUUUAAAACUUUUGGGGUUUGUGGCAAUUUGAAAAAAAAAAAAAACGAUUAUAAAAGGGAAGGCAGUUUUGCAGGAAACGUUAUUAUUUAUUUCGCAUUUAUUUAUUUGUUACUACAAGUUUAUAUAGUGUUUUUUUCCUAUAUUUUUGUUUUCAUAUCUAUCAAACGAAGAUACUGUAGUUCUUUUGGAUUGGAGUAUUUAGUGAGUUUAUAAUUUCUAUACAACCAAGAUUUAAUAACUUGAGCAAUUUCCGAACCACGUACUUAUUUAAAAAAGAAAUAUAUAUAUAUAUACAUAAACAAAAGACUCAAGUUGUUUAAUGUUGGAAUUAAUCGGUAAACUGUUAGUAGUGCAUGUAUUUAGUUACUAGAACAAAUAUAUACCAGUUUUAUAAUAUUUAAAUGAAAAUGAGUAUAUAGAGAAUAUGUUAUCGAAUUAGGUGGUUUUGUUAAUUUCUUGUAAAUCCUUAAACAAAAAAAUAAGAGGGCCUCCAAAAUUGUCAUAUCAAUGCACAAAGGAAAUCGUUUAAAAAAAAGUUAUGAAGCAGCUUCUUCAGUGGGAGACUAAAAAAAA